AUUUGCAGUAAUUGUGAGAUGGCGUCAUUCUCCACAGAAGAUGUAGCCAUGAUGGAUCCGGAAAAGGGAUGCGCAAUAUGCAGAGAAUUCGUAACAGCAACCAUUCUUCCACGUUUUCGUAGAGCUGUUGAUCAGAUGUUAUCACUUCCAAAUCAUUAUAUAAUAAGUGCAUUGCAUGAAACGGUGAUAUCUGUCGAAAAUGCUGUUAGUAAGAAAGUUCGAAAAAUUAUGGAUGGAAAUAAACAUAGUGCCGAAUAUCUUAGAACGAGAAUUUUACAUUUUGCUGGAAAUAUAUUAUUUAAAUCUGAUAUGGAGAAAAAAAUAAAAAUGUUAGUGAGCAAUGCAUUUAAAGUAAGCUUUCCUUUAUAUGAAGCAUUGCAAGCAAAGGAGAGCGAAGCGUCUGCUUGUUGUGAAGCUUUGGUGGUUAUGCUUCGAGAAACAGUAAUGCACUUAAUAGACUCGGAUAGUUUCGACGUUAUGUCAGUUGUAUCCCAAGCUCAUAAUCAAGCAGUCUGGCAUAUUAUUGCCGAUAUGGCAAGACGUAAAUGUAUAAUGCGAACAGAAAUGAUAUCACUUGCUGAUAACACAGGGCGAUAUAGAUGCAUCACGGAUUGGACUGUGAUGAUAGGCUUAUCACGAUUAAAGCCGACAAAAAAAACUCUUCAGCAAGCGAUGGAAAAAUGUUUUAUAACUAUGCUUGCUGAAAAGAUCUAUGAUCUUGUAAUAGUUGAAUAUCCGCAGUCAAGUGGAGUGAUCGAUAAUUUACGUUGCUGUAUGCAAAAUAAUGGUGGUUUUGGACGGAUGUUAUUGAUGGAUAUAUUAACAAGAGAUGUCGAGCAGAGGUUACUGCAAGUUGGCGUUGGAACAACGGAAAUUUUGGAGGGAUACGCGAAUGCGGUCGAAUGCUUACGACGUUUAGAUCCAACAUGUGUGAUUAUGCAACAGAUAUGCUCUAUAAUAAGACAGUAUAUUAAACAACGACCCGAUACGGUUCGGUGUAUAAUAACUUAUAUUACUGGUGAAAAACGGGAAGAACUUAGUGAGCAAUUGGCAAUGAGAAAAACAGCCUUUCUAGAUGAGGAAGAGUUGGUGGGAGUGAACGAUGAGCUUGUUCCGGGUUCAGAUGACACCGCUGAAUGUAGUUGGAUGGAUUGGCUGCCAGAUCCACCAGAUGCAAAUCCCUGUCAAAGCCGUCGAUAUCGACAGAACGCAGAUGUUUUUAACAUGCUGGUUUCCGUUUAUGGAAGUAAAGAAAUAUUUGUCAAGGAGUAUCGUGAACUGCUCGCUGAACGGCUCACGAAGUCCUGGAAUCGAGAUCCACAGUUUGAGCAGCGCUAUUUGGAAUUACUUAAACUUCGAUUUAGUGAAGGGGAAUUGCAACAGUGUGAAGUGAUGUUGAAGGAUAUGCGUGAUUCAGAGCAUAUUGAUCGCUUAGUGGAUAAUUUGCUGCCAUUCCCGAUCAAUGCACGAAUUAUAUCAUCAUUUUUCUGGCCAAAAAUUGAAAAUGAAGAGUUCGCGAUGCCACAAGCAUUGAUGACCGGCUUAGAUGAGUAUGCUCGUGGAUUCGAAACACAUAAGGGAUCUCGAAAGUUGGAAUGGAUGAGUGCUGUUGGCUCUAUCGAACUGGAAGUAGAACUGGAUAAUGUGAAGGCUGUAGUUGCUGUAUCACCAGCUCACGCAGCUGUUUUAUCACUGUUUACGAAGAAAGAAACUUGGACAGUUGAUGAAAUGGCAGCUGAACUAAAAAUGGACAAACGAAAUGUUAAAAAGAGGCUGGAAUGGUGGCAAAACAGUGGUGUUGUUUAUGCUUCUGCGGGCGAAAGUGAAGCGAAAACUUGGCAUCUUGCAAGUGGGACAUCGAAAAUGGAACGUUUGCAAGUUGAGCACGAUAUGGAGGAGGAUAUAUCAGAUGAUGACAAGAAUGAUGAUAUGGAAGCAGUUGAUACAUUGGAACAGUACUGGAUCUAUACGAAAAGUUUCAUCGCUAAUCAGGAACCUGUCAAAGCUGAACGGUUGCAUACCAUCUUCAGGAUGUUUGCAAGUCCAGGACAGCAUGGACCUACAUUGGAAGAUGUUGUUGCAUUUUUGCAACGAAAAGUGAAAAUGAAUUUGCUCUCUUGUGUAAAUGGGUUAUACAAAGUUGUAAAAGAUGCACCUGCUCAGUAAUAAAUAGAUAUUCGUAGAUAGUGGCAUUGUUACAUUGUCGUGAUACAUAUAGUCUUGCUGAAGGCUGGAAAGAUCCAUAUUAAAAGAUUUGUG